CUGAAUGAGAAGCCCCAAACAGCCGCACCAGGCUGCCACUGUGGCUUGUUGCGCCGAUCCACUGCAGACUAGGAGAACAAAAACUGGUCGAAUACAAGAACAUAAAUGGCGAGAUGGCCACUGGAACAAACACAAUGCGAAUUUAACAAGAAGAUGAACCACCACAAAGUGUAUGAUCCGGAAACAAUGCUUACCGCAACGAGUUUCUGAAGUAGACCAACUAUACUACAAUGAAGAACUGCCUACGAGCCAGGUUUGCAAUACAUGGAGAAUGAUGGUGCGCAAUGCUACAAUGCCUAUUAUUGGAUCCGUUUGCCAAGAAACCCGUCAAGUGGCUAAGCACUAUGGCCACUUCCAACAGUUCGACCACCAGUACGAUCCAAGAUUUCCUAUGUGGGUGCAACCGCAAUUGGAUACGCUGCAUCUCAACCGGACUCGACUUCGCUAUGUAGAGUUUGGCAGCUUGGAUGAAGAAGGUCCAUUAAGUUCAUUCUCUGACGAGGCAGCGGUCAAGAACAUGGCGACGUCUUUUCUGGGAUGUAUUAUGACGGAAUUCCCCGUCUUAUAUACGUCCUUCUUUAAGUAUCAUACACCGCAUGUGUCAACCGGUAAAGUUGUUGCCAACAGAAAUCUUGAAGCGGCAGAUAUUGUGGAGUUUGUUCCACCAGACUCACAUAUUUACACAGUCUUCACCUCCAUUAGCAUACAUAUACCAUACUCGGAAGGGCGCCGAUCUGGCUUGUUUGGACUCCUCGGUGAUGCCCCGAUACAAACAGUGCCUUAUACCGACGAAAAGCAACUACAUGCCUAUGGAGCCCUAAUGCAGGAAUGCUUACUAGACGAAAAGGAUCCGGCUGCUAUAAAAGAAAUGACACAUGUCCUCAGCGACGACUUUCGUUUACAAGUGGGAGAAUGGAAACGUGCGGCGGAGUGGUUGCUCCUCGCACAUAUGUGGCGCCAAGACGUCCUUUCAGGUAAACUUUGUGCAGACAAGGCUGGCCUUGUAUGGAAGCCUGCAAACAAUCACUCAAAACGAGACAACAACUAUCUUUAUGGCAGACGCAGCCUUUGAUGAGGAUGAGCCGUGGGUGCAAGAGGCUAGAACAAACCUAGUAAAAAUUGAACCACUAGUUAUGUUCCGGCAUUGUUUAGAAGAAUGUAACAAAGAAAAGAGGUAAAUAGAAAGAACGUUCAAUUUUGGAAGGUAGUGGUAUAUUCUCCAUCUACUCUUAGAGCAGGAUAUAUAUAUCUAAUAACGACGGCCAUUACCGAUAUCACGCCCCAUCGCCCAAGCAUGGCCCUUUUACUUUAUGCGCUUGGCACAUGCUAGCAAGGUCUCCAUCCUUGACAACGCGUCCACGGUCCAUAGCCACGACGCGAUUACAAAUAUCUCGCGCCAAGUCCAUACGAUGGCUUAUCAGAAUAAGCGUACAGGGUCGGAGCCGGCUCCGGAAUAGGUUGCGCAGCACCCUUCGCAAGUCAUGGUCUAGAUGUGCAUCAACUUCCUCUAGCAUGAGCAACCCGUUCAUGGAGUGGUACCCAUCGUCCAAUUGGCGCUGUACAAGCACCAAGCGUGCCAGGCCAAACAGCGUUUGCUGCCCCUUGGAAAGCUUCCAGGGCAUUAAUACUGCAUCAAGCCCGCCAUUCUCUUCUAGCCACUUCUCAAGACCAACAAGUUUCAGCGCCUCCACGGAAUCUUUAUCGCGAAGGCGCGUAUUAAGCGUCAUGUUUUCCCGAAUGGUCCGGCGUCCGGGUAGAAAUACAUUCUCAAAUGGAAGCGCAAGGAUCUGUCGCCGAGCCUUGUCCCGCCUCAGCUGUGAUAGCCGCUUGCCAUCUACACGGACAUCGCGUGCGCCCUGUAAGGGGUCUAGCACUCGUAGUAAAAGAUGCAUCAAAGCCGUUUUGCCACUAAUCGUGUCAGCUGGGUCCAAAGUCAGUUGCAUAUGCCGCACAGAAAAAGUCUUACCUUCCAGAAGGGCCAGUAAUAGCCACCCUUUCUGCAGAGUUGACAUUCAGUGUUAGGUUGUUCAAGGCGAGAGGGAUUGGCGGGUCGCCAGGCUGUUGGUUGGAGGCCGUGGUUGUCCU